CUGCUGUUGCUGCUGCUCCCCGCAAAAGAGACGCCCCCCCCCCCGAGCUGCAAACUUGCUGGAGGCGCACCGCGGGCUGAUUGUAGUAGGUGCUGGUGAGCCUCUGAGAAGACCCUUCUGCCAUGGAGCCGUGGGUGUACCUGGACCACCGCCAGAGGGCCCUGUAUCGGGAUGUCAUGCAAGAGAGCUACGAGACUUUGAUGUCUCUCGCUGCUGAUAAACUGCUGAAUAGCAAUAACAAUGAGGAGGAGGAGGAGGAAGAUGAUGAAGAAGAGGACGAUGAAGGCCCCGAGGAGUUGCGUCCUGGGACAUCUCAAAGCACCCACAGGCGGAUCAUGCCCUUGGUACACCGGGCUGCUCCUGAGCCACCGAAAAUCGCGCCGGUGGUUAAGAAGGACAAAGCCACCCAGCGUGGCCACGCACUGAAGAAAAGUCUGGAGAGCCGCUGCUCGGAUUGUACGCGGAUCCUGCACACCACCGGCAGGGGCCGCCAGCGGAGCGAGGCCAACGCCGCGCGGGAAAAGCCCUUCCAGUGCUCCGACUGCGGCAAGUGCUUCAUCUGGAGUUCGCACCUGGAGCGCCACCGGCGCAUGCACACGGGGGAGAAGCCCUUCAAGUGCCUCAACUGCGGGGAGGCCUACAGCCAGAACUUCCACCUCCUGCAGCACCGCUGCUCCCAGCUGCUCGAGAAGCCCUUCAAGUGCGCCGAAUGCGGGAAGCGCUUUGCCCAGAGCUCCGCCCUGGAGAACCACCAGAAGGGGCACACGGCCGUGAAACGCCACAAGUGCGUCGACUGCGAGAAGUGCUUCAUCUGGGCGUCCCACCUGGAGCGGCACCGGCGGGUCCACACCGGGGAGCGGCCCUUCAAGUGCCCCGAGUGCGGGGAGACCUACAGCCAGAGCGCGCACCUGGCCAAGCACCGGCGCAACCACAUGGGCGAGCGGCCCUACAACUGCCCGGCCUGCUGGAGGAGCUUUGCGCAGAUCGCCGAGCUGGAGGAGCACAAGAAGACCCACCUGGGCUGCGAGGACUGCGGGAAGGUCUUCCGGAGCCGGCAGACGCUGAUGCGGCACCAGCGGGGGCACCGCCGCGAGCGCACCCACCUCUGCGAGGAGUGCGGGAAGGGCUUCGUGUGGGCCUCGCACCUGGAGCGCCACCGCCGGGUGCACACGGGCGAGCGCCCCUUCCCCUGCCCCACCUGCGGGGAGAAGUUUGCCCAGAAGGUGCAUCUGCUCCAGCACAACAAGACGCACUCUCACACGCGGCCCUACAAGUGCGGGGACUGUGACAAGCGCUUCGGGGACAGUUCGGCGUUCCUGGCCCACCAGCGGGGCCACGCCAUGGAGAAGAACCACAAGUGCCAGUACUGCGGCAAGAGCUUUGCCUGGAGCUCCCACCUCGAGAGGCAUCAGAGGAUCCACACGGGCGAGAAGCCCUACAAAUGCCCCGACUGCCCGGAGCACUUCAGCCAGACGUCCCAGCUCUUCAAGCAUCAGCGCAGCCACCUGGGCAAGAGGCCCUACAAGUGCAGCGAGUGCGGCCGCAGCUUCGGCACCACCCUGGAAGUCAUCAUCCACCAGCGGACCCACUUUGGAACCAAGCCCUACCGCUGCUCCAACUGUGGGAAGGGGUUCACCCGCCGGGCCAACCUCCUGAAGCAUCAGAGGUGCCACAUGAAGGAGAGCCCGUAAGGAGUGUGCAGCUCGCCGGGCCGGAGGUGUGAGAGGGAUCGUGCUUUUCUGCAUUUGGCGAUCUAGAAAUCCACACGAGAGAAGCCCUUCUGUAUGUUCUGAUUAUGGGGUAACUUCAGUGCUGAUCUGAAUCUUGCAGCGGCACCCAGUGAUCUCUACUCAGUUGAGGAAUUUUUCAGAAAAUGCACAGUACAAAUGAGAAGCUCAUAGAAACGCAAGGACGGAGGGGUGUAGCUGAUGCCGGGGUGAGGGUUUUGGGGGGGGUGGGGACAAGAC